CAUAUUGGGCUACAACACCGGAACAGACCAUUGACGUCCCUGUACACAUGCACGUUUACACGUUUGUCAUGCAUUUGGUUCUCUUUAGUCUUAAGACAACGUUCACCACAUAAGAACUAAAUGCAGUGACGGUGAGCACGGAAGCGCGAGAAGUCUGGUUAUUUACGUGGGGUUGUAGUAGUAAUAGUAGUGCCCACCUUUGCUGCCGGCUCUCCUCCUCCUCCUCCUCUUCCUCCUCCUCCUUCUUCUUGUUGUACGCUCGCGCCACACCGAAGCUGAGCGAGACGCACGCGGCGUUGAAUUACAGCGCUCGCUGAAAAAGGAAGAGCCUGCAGUCUCGGUGAGGAGGGACAUGCACGCGAGCGGAGCGCGUGUCGAGACCGAAACGCGCGUGAGAUUAUGCGUUUGAGGCGGCUGUAAAGGCAAAGCACGCUGCAGAAAACAUGCCGGGUUGGAAGAAGAACAUCCCCGCUUGUCUUCAGGCCGACCAAGAAGGAGAUGAGGGGCCCUACACCAAACACUCCAACCCCUCCAGAUCUCCGGAUGGAGCACUGGCCAUCAGAAGACAAAGUAUCCCAGAUGAGUUUAAGGGCUCCAGCAUGGUGGAGCUCAUGAAGAAGGAGGGUACCACCCUGGGCCUGACCGUUUCGGGAGGCAUCGACAAGGACGGCAAGCCGCGCGUCUCCAACCUGCGGCAGGGGGGCAUCGCAGCCAGGAGUGAUCAGCUGAACGUUGGAGACUACAUCAAGUCGGUGAAUGGCAUCAACCUGACCAAGUUCCGUCACGAUGAGAUUAUUAGUCUGCUGAAGAACGUGGGCGAGAGAGUCGUGCUGGAGGUGGAAUAUGAGCUGCCGCCUGUUUCCGUUCAAGGUUCGGGUGUAAUGUUUAAAAAUGUCGAGGUGACGCUUCAUAAAGAGGGGAACACGUUUGGAUUUGUCAUCAGAGGAGGCGCCCAUGAAGACAGGAACAAAUCUCGCCCUGUUACCAUAACAACGAUCAGACCUGGUGGCCCCGCUGACAGGGAAGGCACCAUCAAACCAGGAGACCGGCUGCUGAGCAUCGACGGUAUCCGUCUGCAUGGUACAUCCCACGCAGAGGCAAUGAGCAUCCUCAAGCAGUGCGGCCAGGAAGCAACACUCCUCAUCGAGUUUGACGUGUCCAUCAUGGACUCCAUAGCCAGUGCUUCUGGUCCUCUCCUGGUGGAAGUGGCCAAGCCUCUGGGCUCCAGCCUGGGAGUGGCUCUGUCUACAUCCAUGUACUGCAACAAGCAGGUCAUCAUCAUUGACAAGGUCAAGCCAGCCAGCAUCGCUGACAGGUGUGGGGCACUGCAUGCCGGUGAUCAUAUCCUGUCAGUAGAUGGCACAAGCAUGGAGUAUUGCACGCUGGCUGAAGCCACCCAGCUCCUAGCCAGCGCCUGUGAGCAUGUCAAAAUGGAGAUCCUUCCCCAUCACCAGACUAGACUGGCCCUUAAAGCCUCAGAUCACGUCAAGGUGCAGAGGAGCAACCGGCCACUGCCCUGGGAGUCUGGCACAAACAACAACAGCAACUUCCUUCCCUACCAGCACUAUAACACCUACCACCCUGACCAGUCCCGCAGCCAAGCCAAGCAGAAAUCUUCUCCAAACAACCCCCCUCUGGGCUCAUCUUUCUCACCCACCUCCAUGAGUGCCUACAGCUUGAGUUCCCUCAACAUGAGCACACUGCCUCGCAACAUGUAUCCCACAAGCCCCCGCAGCACACUGAUGAGGCGCAAACUGAAGAAGAAGGACUACAAGAGCUCGUUGUCUCUGGCCUCCAGCACUGUGGGCCUGGCCGGACAGGUGGUCCACACAGAGACCACUGAGGUGACCCUGGUCAGCGACUCCAUCAUGGGAUUUGGAAUUCAGCUCCAGGGAGGGGUGUUUGCCACCGAAACACUCACUUCACCUCCACUCAUUGCUUACAUAGACCAUGACAGCCCAGCCGAGAGGUGUGGAGUCCUGCAGAUUGGUGACCGACUCCUGUCCAUCAAUGGGAUCCCGACAGAGGACAGCACGCUGGAAGAGACCAACCAGCUGCUGCGUGACUCCAGUAUUACCAGCAAAGUUACGCUGGAGAUUGAGUUUGAUGUAGCAGAGUCUGUUAUCCCAAGCAGUGGCACAUUCCAUGUGAAGCUACCGAAGAAGCCAGGAGUGGAGCUGGGCAUCACCAUUAGCUCACCAUCCAACAGGAAGCCAGGUGAUUCACUGAUCAUCUCUGACAUCAAGAAGGGCAGUGUGGCGCACAGGACGGGCACGCUGGAGUUGGGGGACAAGCUCUUGGCAAUCGACAACAUCCGCCUGGACAAUUGCUCCAUGGAAGACGCUGUCCAGAUCCUGCAGCAGUGUGAGGAACUGGUCAAGCUCAAAAUCCGUAAAGAUGAGGACAACUCAGGUGUCCUGCGUCUAGGCCGUGUUGAUAUGGACGCCCGUGUGCUGUUGGCCUGUGUUGCAGACGAGCAGGAGAGCUCUGGUGCCAUCAUCUACACGGUGGAGCUGAAGCGCUACGGGGGCCCGCUGGGCAUCACCAUCUCAGGCACCGAGGAGCCCUUCGACCCCAUAAUCAUCUCCAGCCUCACCAAGGGCGGCCUGGCUGAGAGGACCGGGGCGAUCCAUGUUGGGGAUCGUAUCCUGGCCAUUAACAAUAACAGCCUGAAGGGGAAGCCGCUGAGUGAAGCUAUCCACUUGCUUCAGAUGGCUGGAGAAUCCGUUACUCUGAAGAUCAAGAAACAGGGAGAAUUGGCAAGUCCUAAGCAGCCAUCAGUGACUGGGCAUCUGGGUGAACUGAGCGAUGCGGAGGAUGAGAAUCAGCAGAAGCCAGGGAAGCUGUCAGACAUCUACUCCACCACCAUUCCCAGUGUGGAUAGUGCCGUUGAGUCCUGGGACGGCUCGGCUAUCGAUGCCUCCUUCAUCCCUCAGGUCCCAACUGGUUUCCAAGCAUCGGGCUACAGUUUCCACAGUCACGAGUGGAGGAACGCCAAAGUGACUCGUGGCAGUGUAUCUCCAAGCAGCGGCCGUCAGAGGAGCACUGUCCUGCAGGACCUGGGCCUCAGUGAUGAUGAAUGGGACAAACCAAGUGCUAGCGGGUUCACCGUGGCUCACGAUGGCACAGAGCCGGAUCAGGAAGAGAACUUUUGGUCUCAGGCGCUGGAGGACCUGGAGACAUGCGGCCAGUCUGGGAUCCUCCGCGAACUUGAGGACAAGCCAAACAGGCUUCUGACUAAGAGAAACCUGGCCGUCUUGGCUACCAUAAUGUCUGGCAGUACACUGAGUCUGAACCAUGAUCCAGCGCCUGCACGGUGCCAACUGGGCAGGCAGGCCAGCUUCCAGGAACGUGGUAGCAACAGGUCACAGUAUAACCAGGGCAACCGUAGCAACACACUUCCUAGUGACAGUGGACGCAAAGCCUUCGCUAUGAGGAAGAUGCAGCAAGAGAUCAAGGACAUCGUGUCCCCAAACCCUGUGGAGCUACACAAGGUGAGUCUGAAUAAAGAGUCAGACCUGGAGGACUUUGGCUUCAGCGUGUCCGAUGGGCUCCUGGAGAAGGGGGUCUACGUCAAUAACAUUCGCCCAGGUGGGCCCGCUGAAGUUGCGGGGCUCAAACCCUACGACAGGCUAUUACAGAUCAACCAUGUCAGAACUAGAGACUUUGACUGCUGCUUGGUGGUUCCUCUGAUCGCGGAAUCGGGGAACAAGCUGGACCUGGUGAUCAGCCGAAACCCGGCGUCAGCCUCAACCUCGCCCACAGAACUGAACCAGCUUCCUGGUGAGGAGCCUGUGGGCUGGACUGACCCGGCCGAGCCCCUCCCACAGGAAGCGGCCCAACAGAACUCCAGGCCGGUGGGGUCAGAGGGCAGAGAUCCCAACAAGACCUUAUAGCAGAACCCCAUCUCACCCUCCCCAGCACAGGCUCAAGUGCUCCUCAUGGUGCUAAGUGAACUCUUCCCGACAUUCACCACCCCCCUGCCGGAGAGAGCUGGAGCUCUUCUGGCACAUAGCACACCCAGUUUCUUCCCUGAGCCACAGCAUGAGCCACACACACUGAGAGGGGUCCUCCCCACAACCUGCUGCCUGUGUGUUUACUCCUGUGAAAAUGACACUGAUUACAGAGGGAGGCCGUACUGACCUCUGAGAAAGUGAUCUAAAAAUCCAAAACUGAACCAGUGCCAUCCCUAGUUUUUAUUGCCAAUAAACGUUUUAACAGAAAAAACUGAAGCAAAAGAAGCAAAGGGAAUCUUUAAGACGUUUACACAUGAUUAUAGACUGGCCGCUGUGUGUGUGUGUGUACGUGUGUGUGUGUGUGUGUGUAUGUGCGUAUGAGUAAACAAGACUUCCUUCUGUAAGUCACGGCCAGAGCAAUCUCCACAUUCUGUAUUCUGUUUGUUCUAACCUCAGCUGUUCUCCUUGUCUCCUCCACACCUCCUCUUGCUCCUUACUUUUGUACGUAUGUGUGUGUGUGUGUUUGUGUAUAGUGGAUCCCCCCCGUAAUUCCUCACAAGUGAUGCCACAUGAUGUCUCACUCAGCUGGAAAAAGCGCUCAGCACGAGCUCAGCACCAUGAACCUGAUUUUCCUAAAAUGGUAAAACGCUAGUCAGCCCCGGUGGGUUGGGUGGCACAAUGCAUGACACCUUUUGAGUACUAUUUUAUAAUGAUUGAAGUGUGACUGUACAGAAGAAGAAGAGAAAAAAAAACACUCGAAAAAGAACAAAACAUCAAUAACAAAGGUCAUCAUUUGAUUCCUGGGUUAAAUCCAUACAAAUGUUUGAACCUUAAUUUCAUAGUGAAUUAUGAUCAUUUCACCAUGAUGUUAAAGAGGCGGUGCUUGCCUUAGGCACCUUAUCUUAGAACUGGACAGAAGUCUAUUUUUAUUAGUCGAGGCAAAUGGUUUAUCAGUGAGCAACGUGUGAAGCCUGAGUGAUGGAAAAGACGCAUUAAGCAAUCAGCUCGCCUUACUAUUCUAAGAUGAUUGGGAAGACAUAGUGGUAAAGAUGAUGUAUUUUGGUUUCGGAGUCUUUGUUACAUGUACGGUGCAGGCAGAACAUAAACCCCCAGGCUUUGUGUCGCUUUUUGGAAAUGUCCAUUGCUAGCACAAAGCAGAGAGACCAAAUAUCCAGUCCAGAGCGUCCCAAAUCCGUCUCUUCUCAUGCCUGUUCUGGACGAUGGAGAGCGGGAUCGGUGUCAAAGGGCCUUGAAGUGUUACUGACAACAGUCCCACAUCAGCCAGACCCAUUACAAGGUAACACAAUGUCUCCGCAUAAUACAGAAAUCUUCAUUCCAGACAUGGUUUUAUAACUGUUUGGAGAAUCUUUUUUAACCACCACUCCUAAUAUUUAUUAAAAAAAGAAAAAAAGAAAAAAAAAGGAAGCAUGAAGUUGAGAGACGCGAGCAAGCCCGAAAACAACUUCUAGUCUAUAGUCCUCCCUUGUUUAAGUGAAUAUCAACUUAUGCUAAUCUACUGUAUGUGGUACUGGUAUGGUUUUGUAUGUUUAAUGUGUUUUGUUUUGUUUUUUCUCCAGCGGGCAUUAGCCCAAAGGGUGUACAAACUAUUUGUAAAGAGAAACAACAACAAAAAAAAAAGACAGUGGCACUUGAGUGUUAAAUCAUGUGAGAAUGAGGUUCUGUGUGUCAGAACAUCGUUCAAGGAAACAUUUCAUAUACAUAUAUUAAAAAAAAAAAAAAAAAAAGCUGUAGCUCUAUUCAGAAAAAUAAAUUUAAAAAAAACAUUAGAAAAGAUAAAACUACUGCUUAUGGCAGCACAUACUUCACCUGUUUGUGUGUGUGUGUGUGUGUGUGUGUGUAUGUGUGCGUGUGAGCGUACACAUGUGUGAACUGUGGCUUGUCUGUGUUCACACACUCUUGACUACUCACUAUUUAAAAUGGCACAUGAUCGGUCCAAUCGAAUUCCUGACCCUCAUCAGGGUGACGCUCACCUGGCAUUUCUUUACAGAGACUUUUUUGAUUCUGGAGAACUGUGUUCUGUUCCUUCAGGUACGGGUUCAUUCCCUGAUCUCAUGCACUGGAUUUGAGAUCUUCUGUUGUCAUUUUUUGACAUCAUUUUGACAUGUCGCUCUCAUGAAAUCUUUUGCCAGUCAUGGUCAAGCAUUGCGACGUCUGGUACUCAGCUUUUCCAUGUCAGUUUUACCACUGCAAAUAAUGUGUAGAGACAUGCACGUGUAUUUUGUUGAUGCCCAAGUUUUGGGGUUUUUUUUGUUUGUUUGUUUGUUUUUCCAUUUUGUGCAAUCAUUUUAUGUGGAUUUAAGCACUGCCAAUUAAAAUAGUGGGUAUCCAUUUUCACUGUAUGAUGAAUUAAUGACUCAAUUUCACUGUUAGGUCCCUGAAAUAUUGUAUUUUUAUUUCUAAUGGACAGGCAUUAUGAGCUGUAAAGUAUUUUUGUACAAAUUUAAUACUUUGUUAGCAUGAUAUUUAUCGUCUAUGUAUAACUUUGGGGAUUCCUACAGCUGUAAACCUUUAUAUGGCCAACAAAAAGAGAAACAAUAAAAAGAUGUACAGAGUGGACUAA